AUGGCACAAGUGAAGAACAAAACUCCUAGUACUUUUUCCUACACCCCUCAAUUGGUAAUAGCUGGUUUUGGAGUGUCUAUAGUCCUUGAAUCUGGAAACCCUGAUUUCAAGAAAGGUGAUUUAGUGUGGGGAUUCUCUAAAUGGGAAGAGAAUAGUUUAGUCCCUUCAACUCAGAUACUUUUCAAAAUUGAGCACACUGUUGUUCCACUUUCCUACUAUACCGGAAUUCUUGGUAUGACAGGAAUAACUGCUUAUGGCGGUUUCUUUGAACUAGGCACUCCUAAGAAAGGAGAGAAUGUUUUUGUUUCGGCUGCAUCUGUUGGAAGUGCUGGAAGUAAGGAGGAGGUGGAUCUGUUAAAGAACAAAUUUGGAUUUGAAGAAGGUUUCAAUUACAGGGAAGAGCCAGACCUCAAUGCAGCUUUAAAAAGGUUUGUAUUAUGUGUUGAUAUUUACUUUGAGAAUGUUGGAGGAAAGACACUUGAUGUUGUACUAUUGAAUAUGAGAGUCCAUGGCCGCAUACCUGCAUGUGGAAUGAUAUCACAGUACAAUCUUACUCAACCUGAAGGUGUAAUGAAUUUGGCAAAUCUUGUAUAUAAGUGGAUUCAAAUGGAAGGUUUUAACAGUGGUGAUUUCUUUCACCUCAUAUCAUACAUUCUCCUGUGA